CGACCACCUGCUUAGUCUUGUCCCAUUCUAUCACCACUAACCAAUGUUCGCCCUCGUCGUCCGUAACGUCCCCCGUGUCUCCCGUAGGGCCGUCGCGCCCCUCGCCGCUCUCCCAGGCAGGUACUACACCGGCGGAGGUAACGUGCACGGCAAUGACCCCCAUGUGAUUGAGAAAGAGCUGAAUAGGAACAAGACUAAGCAUGGAGAGAUGCACGAGUCAGCCCCACACAAUCACGCUCCCGGUUGGAACGAGCUCCUGGCUUCCGAAUCAGAGGCUGAUAUCAAGGCCGACAAGGCAGAGGGUACUCCUGCGGAACUGCAGCGGUCCACGGUCGACUUCCUCAAGGCGAAGGAAAAGGGGAAUAAGGAUACUUGAGCAGAGAAGGACCAUCUCCGAGAGGCAGUUGAUGAAAAGUCUUGAAAUGCAACCCUUAUAUGCUAAAGCGACCCAGGCGUCGAGCGCAGAAUGCGACACCUCAAUUGUAGCUCAAAAUUGU